UCUCUUUCUCUCUCUCUCUCUCUCUCUCUUUGUGAAGGGCAGGAAAUCUCUGAGGGGUUGAACAUGAGAGCGCUUCGAAGGCGGGACACACACACACACACACACACACACACACUGCUGCUCUGCUCACUCCCUGCUCACUCUGUGCUGAACACUGAACACACACACUCUCACUCAGAGCUGCAGAAAUGGGACGAUCCGGCUUGUAAGGACUUUUUCCAGCUCUGUCCCAUGAUUUAUGGCAAGAAUUCCUCUCUCAGUGGUCCUGCAGCAGCGAUGUCGGAGAAGAAGUCCCGAAACUCGGACACUCGUCCCAAAGCCCUGCGCAGCUGGAGCGUGGACAGCUACAUCCGCAGCGCCAAGAAGCGUUCCCGCUCGGCCCGGGACUCCACGCCCAGAGCCGAGGAGGGGGACGGCCUGGAGGACCACCAGAGCACCCGCUCGGCCUCGUGCCCCCGCAGGCGGCGGGACAGGAAGUGCAGCUGCUCGGCUUUGGGCGAGGUGGAGGCGGAGACCGGCAGGAAGGCGCUUUCCCGAAGAUCUUUGCGGCAGAAGUUCCAGGACGCAGUCGGUCAGUGUCUUCCGUUACGUAACCAUCACCACCAUCACCACCACCACCAUCACCACCACCAGUCUGGUGCUUCAAGACCGUUCUCAGUGCUGCUCUGGUCCAAGCGUAAAAUCCACGUUUCUGAACUUUUAGAAGAGAAGUGCCCUUUCUCGCCCAAGUCGGAGCUCGCCCAGUGCUGGCACCUGAUCAAACAGCACCAGAGCAAUGCGUCUCUGGGCAUAGACGCCAACCGCCAAGGCCUUCCCACGUCUCCUCCAGCCUUUAUCUCUUGGGACGAGGUCAGCUCCACUGGAGCGUCCAGUCUGGACGAUUGGGACCCUUCGUUCGUGAGCGGUACAUCUCAAUGCUGCGCCCAUACUGACUACAUCCUGGUGCCAGACCUCCUCCAGAUAAACAACAGCUCAUGCUACUGGGGCGUCUUGGAUCGAUUCGAGGCUGAGCAGCUUCUCGAAGGUCAGCCUGAAGGAACCUUCCUGCUGAGGGACUCGGCUCAGGACGAGUACCUGUUCUCGGUCAGUUUCCGGCGCUACAGUCGCUCCCUGCACGCCCGGAUCGAGCAGAGCGGGAAGCGCUUCAGCUUCGACGGCCGGGACCCCUGCAUGUACCGAGACCCCAGCGUGACUGGACUCCUGAAGCACUACAGCGACCCGGCGUCCUGCCUGUUCUUCGAGCCGCUCCUGUCCCGCCCCCUGCCCAGGAACUUCCCCUUCUCGCUGCAGCACCUGUGCAGGGCGCUGAUCUGCAGCUGCACCACCUACCAGGGCAUUAACGCUCUUCCACUGCCGCACACUCUCAGGGACUAUCUCCGGCAGUACCACUUCCGGUGCGACGGGGCGUGUGCUGUGUGAUGCUGACAAAUGACACUGAAAAAUUACUUGCACACAGUCUCGGCACUGACGACCUGUUAGGAGGUUCUUACGGUAUAUCAUUUUUUAUUUAUAAUCUGUUUCAAAUUCAUAUCCCAUGUUCUAAUCAAUUAGAAAGGCCAACUACCCAACCUGCUU